GCGCGCGCGGGACCGGACUCGGCCCCCGGAGUGGCCCAGCGGAGCGCGGCCGGCCGGGCGCAGGGCGGUGGCGCGAUGGCUCCGGCCGCGGACCGCGAGGGCUACUGGGGCCCCCCGACCUCCACGCUGGACUGGUGCGAGGAGAACUACGUCGUGAGCCGGUUCAUCGCCGAGUUCUGGAAUACAGUGAGUAACCUGAUUAUGAUCAUACCUCCACUUUUUGGUGCAGUUCAGACUUUUAGAGAUGGACUGGAAAAGCGGUACAUUGCUGCUUAUUUAACACUCACAGUGGUAGGAAUGGGGUCCUGGUGCUUCCACAUGACUCUGAAAUAUGAAAUGCAGCUGUUGGAUGAACUCCCAAUGAUUUACAGUUGCUGCGUAUUUGUGUACUGCAUGUUUGAAUGUUUCAAGACGAAGAACUCAGUAAACUACCAUCUGCUUUUUACCUUAGUUCUAUUCAGUUUAAUAGUAACCACAGUUUACCUUAAGGUUAAAGAGCCUAUUUUCCACCAGGUCAUGUAUGGAAUGUUGGUCUUUACUUUAGUACUUCGGUCUAUUUAUAUUGUUACAUGGGUAUACCCGUGGCUUAGAGGGCUGGGUUAUACAUCCUUGGGUAUAUUUUUAUUGGGAUUUUUAUUUUGGAACAUAGAUAACAUCUUUUGUCAUUCAUUGAGGAACUUUAGGAAGAAGCUGCCACCUGUUCUCGGUGUGAGCACGCAGUUUCAUGCAUGGUGGCAUAUUUUAACAGGCCUCGGGUCUUACCUCCACAUCCUCUUCAGUUUGUAUACCAGAACACUUUACCUGAGAUACAGGCCAAAAGUAAAGUUUCUCUUUGGAAUCUGGCCCAUGAUCAUGCUCGAGCGUCUCAGGAAUCAUUGAAGAAUAACUUUACCAAGGGAAAGAAAAGCCACCCGCCAUAGUCCUGGAAGGACAGAUAAGAAAGUGCACAAGAUCUACACAUCCAGAUACGUCAUGACCAUCGCGACAGGAGAGACUUUCCGACUAAUGCUGCCAGCCCCUUGGAGAACGAGGAAUGGGCCGCUGGGUGACUAGCUCCUAGCUCUAGCUCAGUUUGUCCUUAUCUUCAUCCUGAGAUGUUUAUAAAGAAACAAAUAUGAUGUGUUUUACUCAAGAAUGCCUGGGAAACUGGGCUUUUCUUAACA